AUGUCUUCCUCUCCAGCUAGCGCGCACAAACAGCAAGCAGUAGAGUCUGCAUGCACUCAUCAUACCACUUGUGGCGGAUUCUACCUCGCGCAAGGUGCGCCAUCCCCUCGCUCCGUGUCUGGUGCGGUGAUGAGGGAGCGCGACCUUUUGGUGUCCCGGCGGUGCAGCGGUGCAGCUGGGGUUGAAUUUUUUUCAACUUGAGGCUGCGCCGCUGCUGGCCUUCGCCAGGCAACGUGCGGCGAAAUAUUUUUUCGUGUCAAUUUACCAACCGUUACCUUUUGUCGUGUCAAUUUGCCAACCGUCACUUUUUUUGGUGUCAAUCUAUCUCAGUCCAACUUUUUCGUGUCAACUUAACGUGGGAACCCAGGA